AAUUUAAUUUUCAGGGUCAACUGUUGGCGGACUGGUUUUUCCUUUCUGUAACUUGAAAACAGUUUUACUUUUGAUGGACAAUGGACGUUGGGAUAAAUACAAAAAUCAGUGAAUAAUCUUUUGUUGCAGAGCUUUAAAGAGAACCCAGAACUGAUUGUGGAACUUCCGUGGGAAUUAAAGAGAACGGAAGUGCAAGUGGUGGCGGUAUAAUCUUAACCCACAGAAAUCUCAAGAUUCACUUUUAUUUUACCAAGUACCAAGUUCAUAAUUUUCCAGUCAAUGAAUGAGUCAUCGUGGUCAACAAACUAGUUAUUUAUAAUUUUAUCAACGACGGCACAUUUUAAAAUGUUUGUUAUGCUGGAUAGACGUAGAGAUAGCCGUGGUAUUUCCGUUGGAGGCUGAAGUACGACUGACAAGCGCUUAGCAAUAAGAUCAGCCGGAUGUACAGAGCACCCGUGAGAGCAAAGAGAAAGGAUGACACAAACCACCGUACCUACUAACAACCUCCAGGGAAGAGGAUUCGUCCCGAAUUACAGCAAGUUAGAGAGAACGAUACUUUUUGCGGUGGUCUUGGGUCUUGGUCCAACGAUCAGCUUUACAUCGUGCAUUCAGGUUCGUGAGACAGUUCACCUUUGGUUCAAAAAUGAAGAAUUGUUACAGAGAUCGACAAUUUCUGCAGAUAAUUCACUUGGCAAUUUUUUCCGACCGGAAGAGCGCUAGUAGCGCCGCCUUUCCAAAAAACUACGAACUAAAUUGAUAAUUGCGCUUAUUUAUGGCCCUUAUUCUGUAAUUGGAGCUUAAAUUUGCAGGUUAUAAAUUCAUCACCGACAGGUGUCAGGCCAGUAGAUGGAGGCAGUUGACUAAUCGAUUUAUGAAGAAUCGAUAUCUCGAAUUGUUUGUAUCGAAUAAGCGCAGGAAAGAUGCGCGUGGAAAUUAGCCAUAACCCGGGAAUAAUAUUUUAUUUACAAAUGGCGACGACAGUCACGGUUUUAUCUUCGAUUUUUAUUAUUAAAAUUAUUUCUUAUCUCUACUACUUGAUUUCUAUUAAUUAAACAAAUAAAGUAAUGAUAAAUAAUGAAAAUAUUGAUGACACUGCUAAAAAAUUGACUGAAGAAAUUCAAUGUAUGAGUAAUUAUAAAAAUUUAUACAAUGAGAUCCAGAGAAUUGUUGCUUCCUCGGCUGUCAAAAAGGAUAAUUUUAAAAGUACAUUACUUGAAGCGUUGAAAAAUAAUGGUGUAGAAACGGAGAUAAGAAAUACUGUUUUUCAUUGGACGCGCGCUCAAGGACCGUUGCAGUCAUCAGAAGAAAAAAAAUCAAACGUCGAUUUAAAUUAUUUGAAAAAAGCCCAAAUUCAGUGGGAGAGACGGAUUCACAAGUCAUUAAAUUCAAUGUGUAAUGAAUUGAACAUACCGCUUGCAAGAAUCCGCCCAAGCGCUGAUAAAGAUGAAUUAACAGACAAGUGGAAUGAACUGAGUACUUUUGAUAUUGAUUUGUCUUCAUACCGUCCUUUGUACGCCCCAAAAGAUUUUCUGGAAGUACUGUUUAGUGUGCAUGACCCAGCGGUCAAGAAACAGAUUAAUGAGCCUAAAUGGGAGUUCAGUCACAUUCAAAUUCAAGUUAAAACUUUAGAGCAGCUGAGGACGACGUACGCAGAAUUAGCACAAGGGGUAGCUUUAUUAGGAGUAAAUAAUGACAUGCCAGCGGCAAGAAAGUUUGUGAAUCUUGAAGCAGAACGUACUGACUUUGGUGAAAAAGUUCUUAGUAGCAAUCACGCACCUAUAGCACAAGAAUUUUUAAAACGUGGAGCUCCUAGGGCUCUUCGUGGUCGUCUCUGGUCGCUUGUACUUGGUUCUGUUAUUAAAGAUAGCGACAGAAAGUACUAUGAAGAAUUAAAAGAACUAGUUUUACAGUACGACAUUAUGGUCGAUAAAUUGAUAAUAAAAGACGUACAAUUAACAGCAAGUAACGACGACCAGUACUUCGUCUUCGAGGAUGUCCUUUAUAAGACUAUGUUAUGUUUCUCCCGGGACUCAGAAGUCCUGGCGCCGGUUACGACUGAUAGAAGCGCAGGCGGGCAAGUAAUUCACGCGAUUCUCCAAGGAAAGCCGGCAGCUCUGGAAAAUACUUUAGUUUUUCCACCAAGUGGUGUAAUUCCGUUCCACGGUUUUACGAUGUACGCAACACCAUUUUGCUACUUGUACGACGACCCUUGCUCGAUGUACUUCACCUUCCGAGCAUUUUAUUUGAGAUACUGGCUGAGACUUCACACGGUUUCCAGUCAUGAGCAGGGAAUUGUUGCUCUGUGUCUGCUGUUCGAGAGAUUAUUGCAGUGUCAUGAACCUCAGCUGUGGGCUCACUUUAGAAAUAUGAAGAUUCAACCAGUAAAAAUUGUAUUCAAGUGGUUAAUGAGAGGUUUUAGCGGACACUUACCACCAGAGCAAUUACUUUAUCUUUGGGAUCUUAUUCUAGGAUAUGAUUCUUUAGAAAUAAUUCCUUUACUUGCAGUAACGAUUCUUAGUUUUAGAAAAGAGAAUCUUUUGCAAGUUAAUAAUUUAGUCAAUGUCGAGGCCAUCCUAGCAGAUCUUUCGUCUCUGAAAGUAAUGCCACUGCUUCAACUAGCACUAUUGAAAGAAUAAAAAAAAUAAAAAUUGUACAAUAAAUAAAUAAAUAAAUAUUAAAUAUUAAAUUAA